CACUGAAAAUUGUUGUAAUUAUUUUCAUUUUUUUUGUUGUGAUUUCACUUUAAUAUAGCCAUACGACCCAAAUCCUAUUCUAGUUGAUAAAAGAAUAAAUUCUUAUAUUGACAACUUCUUUUUAAUACACUCUAAUAUUGACCGUUUCAUAAGCCUUUCAAUCAGGCACUUGCUUCUCGCCACAUUAUAAUCAUAAUAACAUUUAAAACGAGACUGCAAAUCAAAUCACGUUCAAAAUAGAAGAGUUCAUCAAGACCACAAGAAAAUUGGAUAAUAAUCGUAAAAAAAAAGAUCAGGAAAUCAAAGUUGAUAGAAUAUGAUCACGGGAGAGGAUCAACGACCCUGGGCUGAUAUAUGUCCAAACCUAUUGGAUUCCAUCUACACGAGACUCCCGUCCCACGUCGACGGUACCUACUUCGGCGGUGUAUGCAAGAACUGGUACCAAGUUCACUCUCACAGUGCAGUUUCCAAUCCCCUACCAAUGGUAAUUAGCCAUACAAAAUUCUCUAGCUCCGACAUCGCGCAAGUGCGAGAGGAUAACUGGAUGUCCGUACAACUACGUCAAAUUCCACAAUGGCUUGUAGAUGUCGACAUAAAGAUCCUUGGGAGGGCAGGUGCGUGGUUGCUUAUACAAGAGUAUGGCACUUCCUUAGGUUGCUACAAUCCUCUACUCCGAAGUCCCGCAAACUACAUCGGACUUCCCAAUCCGAGAUGGCUUUUCUCUAACUACCGCCUCAAUCUUCGGGAAACUUCACCAGCAACAGUCAAGGUCGCUUUCUCAACACUGCCCACUACUCGUGACUGUAUGAUCCUCAUGGUGUACGGAGACAGCUAUCUCAGCACGGUUCGUUGUAGUGACGAUUGGAUUUGGAAGACGUAUGAUUUCUCCUUGAGUGGGAAAAGUGGACAAUCUUGUCUCGGCCUAGGCUACAAAAAGGAAAGAUUCUUCUGGUUAUUUGAAAUGGGGGAUAUGUUAAUUUUCAGUGUGCACCAUAGUGAGCCGAGGAUGCUUCUAGCGGCCACUAAACCUCUGCUUUCCCAGCAACUCGAGCGAUGGGACACCUUGCGCGUUGUGGCAGUGAUGGAAAAAAUGGAUGAGGCUACAGCUGCAGAUGAUCUAUUAUUGGUGGUGACUCAUUGGGAGCGAGAUCAUGAGGCGAGUGUCAAGGAUAGCUUCCGCCUUGUGGAAGUGGAGGAAAAAUUUACGGCCACGCAGGGGCGGAGCUAGAAUUUAGUUUUCGGGGGGGCCGGAAUCCGGUUACCAUAAAUGACGAAAAUAUUAAUAAAUAAGUAUUUGACAAAACUAAUUAUACACACAAUAUUUUUAUAUUAAAUUCAAUAUAAAUUAGAAUAAUAUGAAAAAAUUAACAAUGCAUUUCAAUUUUUGUGUAGCAUAUUAUGUUUUCAUAACUAAAAAGUGAAGCUCUACCGAUAUUACUAUUCAAAAAAUUACUCAUUAUAUAUAUGAAAGUAACCUUAGAAUUACAAAUUUUAUUGGUAUACCUUAGCCUUAUACAGGGCGAAAGAAUUGACCAUACGGCAAUACCCUUUUUUCUUGUUAAGUGAAAAAUGUAAAGAAAAACAAAACAAAAUGCUUUGAAGAAGUUUCGAAACCUUGAUUUGGUAGAACAUAAUGCACAUACAUAGUUUACUUCCGCUGGACUACUUGAAGUUUCUUGGUAACAAUUCUCAUGUCAGUUGGGAUUUAUAGAUAUUCUUCAAUUUAUACGUAUAAUCUCGAACUCGUUACACGUAACUUUCAAAAUUCUCGAGGGGCCGGGCCCCCCCCGAGGCCUAAGCUAGCUCCGCCCCUGCGGCCACGACAAAUGAUCUAUUACUGGAGAGUAAUGAUGAUGAUGAUUGUGAAAUGGGGUUGGUGGAAGACGAGGACUACAAAACGAGGAUGCUGUUAGUGAAGGAUCCAUUGCCAUUGAAGAGGAAUUUCGACGGCUUUUACAUUAUCACAUUGAUUUUUUUUUGCUUGUGUAUUCUAUUUUAAUCUUAUGGCAUUUGGAAGGAUAUGGACUCACAAUUAAGACUAUAUCACGUACACAAGGCGACGUGACGUGGCCUAAAAAAAGUUUUUGAGUACCAUUCCAUACUUUCUUUAAAUAUGUACUCACUUAUUUUUUAUGUUAAUGUAUUGAAAAUUGGAAUCCAAUUUCAUUUCGUGUUUUUCCUUCGUUCUAACUCCUCUUUGUUACUACUCUCUUUCUUUCGUAAUUCGUUCUAAUCUUUCAAGUUCAUAAUUAAUAUUAAAGAUCCAUACGCCACGGAAUAAUGAAGGAGUACUUCAUUUGGAUGAGUAAAAUUAGAAUUGAUUA